CAUUACAAACCCAACGGCGUUUACCAAUCCGCCUGAAGCUUCGGGACGACCUCCGUUGAACUUCGCGGCCAGAACGUUUCCAGCUGAAACGUGUAACGUUACGCAUUUAAGGCCACACAAGCUGGUGUGACGGAGUUUUCGCAAGUUGUCGUUCAGUUGCGUUGGCUCAAGUCCGAUUAACUGUUACUACAUCGAAUGCAAAUUUCGUUGGUCCGGAAAAAGCCGAACUUAAGCCGAUACCGAGGUGGUCACUUCGAUAAGUAGAACCUACGGUCGUGGCACAUAGUGCUCUGGUGGAACUCGACCUCGCGUGAUCACGUGUUACAGGGGGUAGUGAAAAGUGGAUUCGAAGGAUUUGUGCUUAACUUUUUAAAGGUAUAAGAUGAUAGUGCGAUUUGGGAGCAAGUGAGAUUGUAGCAGAUAAUUUUAAAAUUGUGAUUAAACAUCCGAGCUAUGGCACUGGUGUUACGUAACUUGUACGAUUAUUAUACGUACCUCUUCAAAGAGUAUAAUGAUCCUCGAGUGGAGCACUAUCCGCUGCUGGGAUCACCAUGGCCCGUGGUUUUGAUCAUCGCACUAUACCUCAAGUUUGUCCAAAACUGGGGCCCUUGGGUGAUGGAAAAUCGGAAACCGUUCUGCCUUAAAACGGUCAUGAACGUGUACAACUUUACGCAGAUCGUGCUCAACGUGUACAUCGGUACGACGGGAAUUUACAAUUCGAUAUUUGCCGACGAUUACGACUGGGUGUGUGAACCGAUCAAUCAAAAGUCGAGUCCUGCCAGAAGAAAGCUACUCUUCGUGACCUAUCUGUACUUUUUGUCCAAGAUUGUGGAUCUGUUGGAUACAGUGUUUUUCGUUUUGCGAAAAAAGAACAAUCAAAUCACGUUUCUACACAUUUAUCACCAUGCCGGAAUGGUGUUUGCCACAUACAUCUUCACGAAGUUUGUAUCAGGCAGCCACGCCACGCUGCUUGGGCUGAUCAACAGUUGGGUGCAUGUUAUCAUGUACUUUUACUACUUCCUGACCUCGUUCCGGCCUGAGCUGAAAAACUCCCUGUGGUGGAAGAAGCACAUCACGCAAGUUCAACUGAUCCAAUUCCUGAUACUGAUGGUGCACUUUGGACUUCCGCUGGUGUUCGGGUACUGUAACUAUCCGGUCUACUUGCUGUUCAUCGGCUUCACGCAGAACGUGUUCAUGUUUACGCUGUUUGCCGACUUUUACGUGAAGGCAUACAUCAAGAAGCGAAAGCCCAAAUCGGUGACCUCCUAGAAUGGCCCGUACUAAACCUAGAGCAGUUGAUUAAAUUUUAAUGAGAGAAUAUUUAAAUGUUUAAAACCACUAAACACACACAACAAACCGCACAAACUGCAUCGCAAGCAAACUCAUAGAUAUUGCCGAACCCGGAUUAUACUCGCAUAACCGCACCACAAGCCACUACAUUUAAAGUCCAACGAAAGCGAUGUCGACUAGCUGUUUAGCAUAGCAAUAGGUUAAACCUUGUAUUUAUCAGUAGUUUUGUACUGCUCACAGCCGUUGGUUCCCGUGAUCGCGAAAGGCGAUGGGAAGCCAACUUGCAAAUGCAAAUGAAUUAUAUAUUAGAAUAAAAUGCCUUAUUUCAAUUGA